ACUGAACAUUUGCUGCAUCGAACACAUCGGCAUCUGCUCCACUUCCUCUCGGCUAGCCGGGCCUUCGUGGCGUGGAGCAAAGGCGGCGGCGAGCGAGGAUGCUGGAGAGCCAGGCGGUGAUCGGGGACACGGACAUGCUGCAGGCGAUGCAGCAGGAAGCGCUGCGGCUUGCCGGGAAGGCGCUCGACGACUUCGAGGCCGUCGACUCCACCGAGAUCGCCCGGUUCAUCAAGAAGGAGUUCGACCGGUCGUACGGGCCCGGAUGGCAGUGCAUCGUGGGCACCGACUUCGGGUCCUUCGUGACGCACCACUCCGGCUGCUUCAUCUACUUCGGCAUCGGCAACUUGGCCAUCCUGCUGUUCAAUGGCGGCGCCGUCGGCGCGGCUCCUCAGGGUGCCACCGGCGAGCAGGCGCGGCGAGGUGGUAAAGGGUCUAAAUAUUUAGGCUAGAGAGUCUAAGAAUCCGAUCCAAAAGGAUUGGACUCUUAUUUUUUAUAUAAUUUUAAACUAAAAGUAUAUAAGAAUUAAGUUGGAUUACGAAGGAAGAACAAAUUGGAUUACGAAGGAAGAACUAGGCUGUGAUCACCUGUGGUGAUUGCUGUGCGGCUGUGCCCAAGCACGUAGCCCGUGCUUACCGGCCGGGUGAAAGUGGCCGGACUUGAAAUCUGGAAAGGGAUGAGAGUGUAGCGAUCAAACUUGCACGUCCUCACUUGGUGAAAAUCUUUGUUCCCGCGACAUGUCUGCUGGGUAAACUAGAAGAAAACGAUGGCAACGCAGUGGAAAUUCACAUGAAUUUGAAUCCUUUACACGUUUCUCCAGACAAUGUUUUUGUCUAAUCACACACACACGCCAUUCCUUCAGUUCAGACUCGGGGCCCAGUAGACGCCGUGGGCAGUGGGCUAUGGGCUAUGGACCAGUCCUUCGCUAUCCUCUUUCCUCCGAACAAUGCACAUGGGCCAAAACCUGACCUGGGAGACAACAUUGGCCCAUGAACAUACUGCUCUUUCCGUUCCAACUAAAGUCACUGAUAUGCUAAAAAAAAAACUAAA